CGGAAUUUCAAUUCAUUCAGCAUUCUUCCACCCAGUGACGAGGGCAGUGGUGGAACGCAAAUUGGUCGUUUGUGCCAAAAAGAAAUUGUUUGAAACAGAUCUUCAGAUCACAAAAUCCCCCACAAAAUACUUGGCGACAGUUUGCCUAAACCGCGAAAAUAGAACACCCCAAGCAAUGGCCACCAAUACACUCGUGCUGCUCAUAGCCAUCGUCGCGACGCUGCGGUUUAUCGAAGCGGCCAAAAUACUGGCAAUCUUCCCGGUGCCAUUGAAGCAACAUCAACUAGUCUACCGGCCGCUGAUCGAAGAGCUCGCGAACCGAGGUCACGAGCUGGUGCUGGUAACAACGGAUCCAAUCGAUGCGCCGGAUCGCACCAAUGUGACGCUUCAACGGAUAGUGCAGAUCGAUCUAAGUUUCGCCUAUCAGCUGCCGGUGCUGGAACGGCUUGGUCGGGACGGGCUGGAUGGGCGUGACAUGCUGCGCAACAUAUACGAUGUAAUGCGUACGAUCUCGGCCGAAGAACUGCAGCAUCCCGCCAUGCAGAGCUUGAUCAACUCGGCCAACCCAAGGACCUGCGAUGGCGUGCAAUGCAACCGCUUUGACGUGGUCAUGGUGGAAUGGUCCGGCGUAACGCUGAUGAAUGCAUUUGCGGAACACUUCCGUGCGCCGCUGGUGGGCAUCGCUAACGGGGGUGCGUUCAUCAAUGCGCACGAAGCACUCGGCAACCCGAACCAUCCGAUCGGCUAUCCUAGCAUUUUUAUGCCCUUUAGCGAGGAUCUGAGCCUGUUGCAGCGCAUCUCGAGUGUACUGUUUACCGUGUGGUACAGAUUCUACUACUACACCGAAGAGAUUCCCGCCCAGAACCUGAUCGCCCAAAGCAACUUCGGUGAGCAGAUUUCCGAUCUGCGCCAAAUUGAGCAGAAUGCCGAUUUGCUGCUGAUCAACGCGUAUCAGCAACUCGGCAAUGUGCGUCCAGUUGGGCCGACGACCGUCUACCUGGGCGGCAUUCACCAAAAUCGCCCGGCUGUCGGAGCCGAGCUACCGGAAGAUCUGAACCUUUUCCUGUCCCAGUCGGACGAACCGGUUGUGUACGUCAAUCUGGGCUCGUCGCUCGGUGGUGCUGCCGGUCGGGCCCGCAUCGACAAGAUUGCCAAGGCACUCGAACAGCUCGAUUUGGCAAGCGUUUGGGCGCUGGACGACGUCAUGGAAGUGGUCAACAGUACCGGGCGCACCUACCAAUCGCACCGCGUACCUCAAGAGGCCGUUCUGGCACAUCCUAAAGUGAAAGCGUUCCUCACGGAUGGCGGCCAGAUAAAUGUAGAGGAUGCCAUUCAACUAAAAGUGCCUGUCGUUGGCAUUAGCUACUCCACCUCGUAUGACCAUUAUCUGCGCCAAAUAGUCAAAUAUGAAGCGGGCAUCAUCUCACUCAUCGAUUACGAGGCACAGACUUUUGUGGACAAGCUGCGCGAUGUUCUAACAAACAGCAGGUAUCAAGAAAAUGUCAACAAGUUGCACACACUGCUCAACGACCAGCCACAAACGUCGAUAGAGCGUGCCGUUUGGUGGAUCGAAUAUGUGGCACGCAACGGUGGAACCAAAUCGCUACACGUGCGCCAUCUAUCGUGGUUUGAGUAUCUCAUGCUGGACGUACUGUUCGUGGUGGGUGUCUUGGCUACACUCGUGUGCUCGUUGAUUGCAUACGGCAUUUUUCGAGCAGUUCGUUACUCGAAAAGCUUACCGAUGGAGAUGGUGACGCGCGGUAGUCGCAAAUGCAAGCUGAUGUAGUAAUUUAGUCACUGUUGCUUUAGGUUGCACAAUAGCAAUGAUAUUUUGCUAUGCAAAAACUUCAACAAUAGUGUUUUGUUACAUUUGAAACCUCUCGCAAUCCCGCGAGAGAAGACUUUGAUAGAAUUAGUUUAUGAGAAUUUGCAAUUGUUGAUGCCGAAGAUUAUAUGACACAGUACCGUAUGUCAGCUCAUCGUAAAAAAGAACCAUUUGAAGAUUGUUUAUCUCUUUACAUCGAUAAGAUCGAAAUGCCUCACAUAAACAAUUUAAAAGUCUGAAACGGUUUGGAGUUUGUUUGUACAAAGUAUUGAUACCUUCUUGAUAGAACUUUGAAUACGAACGAAACCUGUCAUGAAUCUGUACUAGUUAAAUCAAGCACCUCAAAUGUUGAACAAUUCUAGUGCAUAAGUGCAUUGUGAUAUUAACUGCAUAAGAUGUAGAAACAAGCAUAGAUGGUACAAUAAAAAAAAACUAUUA